GCAGAUUGAAGAUGUUCUUCAAUCAAAUUCAUUCACUUGAAUUUAGUUCAAAAGAGUGAAGGAGUCUUGGAUGGAGCGGUGCAGGCUGUUUGCAAAACCUUGAUUUUGAAAACGUUAAAUUUUGUGAAGUUUAAAACAGUUUUCAUUGAUGAAGUUGAGAUUUGCGAGAGCUGAUUUCAUUUGUGAAUUUUAUUGUGAAAUUGAUGAUUUGACUAAAAUCAACAUUCUGAACUCGUUACACGCACGUUUCUUCAAUCAUUUCAAUCGAAGUCGUCUUAGCCAGUGAUAAAGAAGUUGUUUAUCACUAAUCAGAAGUGAUUUCUCAGAACUGAAAUCAAAACUCACAAAAUCCUUUCCAAUGCAAACUUGUUGUGUUGCGUGCGACAUUCUGUGAGUUGCGCAACGAACACUGUGUCGUGCGACACUCGCGCUGCGCAGCAUUCAUUGAGUAAUGUUAUGUUGCCGGGCGGUCGGUGAUGCAUCCGUGACGGAUAGCACAGCAGACAAGGCAGUCUAGUCUUGUUCUUUGACAGUGGAAGGUUGAGGCAUCAUAGGCAUGGGUUCCUGCGAUGUGCACGGGAAUGUUUGAGGGAUUUGCCCUAUCAAAACAACCAGAUUAGAGCUUGUGGAUUGCGCUGGGAUUGAGUGUUGUGACAGCAGGAAUUCAGGACAAGGAUUGCCGUCGGUUGAAUCAGCGUCAAGGCGUGACCCUUGUGGGAUGGAAGUUCUGGCUGCAACAGUGGGCUCCAGGGUUGCAGAACGGUGUUGUUGUGCGGGAGAACCAGCAAAAGUGUGAAUUUCUCUUUGUUCGGAGCUUGGGCGAGUGUUUUUUAAUGUCAAAAUCGAUGAGCAGAGUGUGUCAAAAAAAGGGUUCUUUGCUCGGCACGUCGUGUGACUGAAGCGUGAAGAUAAGGCUGGCUGGCUGUCGUCGAGGAACGCCCGCUAUCAGCGCGAGCUUCUGCUGGCUGGCAAAAGUUCUGGCGUGAAAACGAGCGAAAAGUGAAAUUUACGACUUCAGGUGUGUCGGAAGCGACAAAUUAACGGGAGGGAGGCGUCGCUAAGCAGGUUCCCAUUAAUUAAUUACGGAGUGCGCGUGAAAUUUCUUCCCGUGAGAAAACCCACUAAAGCGAAAUGGAUCUGGUAUCGAUGCUGAUGUUUGGGCUGAUGUCCUGUGCGAUUGGGGCGGUGCUGAUGCUGCUGGUGCAGUACUACGCCUUCGUGCGGUACUUCCGGAUGCCGGAGCUGACCCAGGAGCAGCAGGAGCAGUGCCGCCGGUCGGCGCACAGCGAACCGUACGAGCUGCCCGGUACCCUGCUGGCCAGCAUCAAGGCACCGGACGCGGAGAGCAAAUCCACCAUCAUGGCCAUCAAUCUGAUUCUGCAGUUUCUGUACUCGGAGCUGCGGAACUCGAACCGGGUCCGGAAGUGGUUCCACCGGAAGCUGUCGCUCGAGCUGGACGAGCUGAUCAGCAAGACCACCAUCGGGAAGCUGUUCGACAAGCUGUCGAUUCGCGACCUGGACCUGGGCAGCCAAUUCCCGGAGAUUAAAAACAUCCGCCUACACAACGUGGACCUGCACCAGGACGAGCAGCACAUCGAGAGCCUGGACGUGCUGCUGGAUUUGAGCUACGAGGGCAACUUUCGGCUGGCAAUCGAUGCCGACAUGGUACUGGGCAAGAAGGGGUCACUUUCGGUGAAAGUGCGACAAGUGUCGGGCAUUGCUCGGUUGCAAUUCACGCGAAAGCCGUACACCCACUGGUCGUUGAGCUUUGUCGGGGAUCCCAAGGUCGACCUGGAGGUCCAGUCGCAGUUUCAGGGUCGCCAGAUGCAAUCGAACGUGACGAGUCUUAUCUCGAACCAGAUCCGGAAGGCAAUCCGGAGGAAACACACGUUGCCAAACUAUAAGCUAAGAUAUAAACCCUUCUUCCACCGUGUGGACGAAGACUACGACCAGCCGGAGAUUCCGCCCAGCGGAACGCUGGAAGUCAUUGUGGAGGAAAUCACUCGGUUGAAUGGAACCGCUCGGUUGUCCCACGUGUAUUGCAUUCUAACUUUGGCCCACAUGCCCUGGGUUGUGGCCCGGCAGCAGGACGACAACAACAUGGUAGUUUCGCUAGAUCUCGAGAUUCACAAGGCUAAAAACCAGCAGAUUGGAAUUGUGUUUAAGCAGUCCGACCAACUGGUCAUCAUCGAAGCCGUCAUCCCAAACACACCUGCUUCCAAAGCGGACCUGAAGCGUGGUGAUCUGCUGCUAUCGAUCCAGGGCAAACGGGUCAACACAAUCAACCAGGUGGCAAAGAUCAUCAAAGCACUUAAUAGACCAAUGUUUAUACUGCGCAUCGAACGGAUCAUUCCGGGCGUGAUCAAGAACGACGGCCUAAUGGACGACCUGGAAGAUUACGAAGAGAUCGAUCCCAACUUGAUCACGUUCAGCAAGAAUGUGGAAGCGGUACAGAUCGGAUCGGCAGCUGUGAAGGAGAAGACCAAACUGUCCCGGCGCAGUUCGCGGGACAGCGGAGGAGAAUCCAGCCUCUCCAAUACUCCCGGAACGACUCCCGUGAAGCGAUUGGACGCGUCCAAAGAGAAGAAAGAAGACGCCCCGUCCAAGUCGCCACACCAUGAGCCCGCGUUGAAGAAGGCCACAUUUGACGGAUUCCCGCAGCAUUCCUCCGUAGACUGUGAGUUCAACUCGUUCAUCCGAAUGGGUGACCUGUGCAGCUUCCAGCUGAUGGAACCGUUCUCCUACCUGAAUCUGAGCGUGUUUGGUAAAAGCAGCGACGAGCAUCGACUGUUGGGCUAUUUGAACAUUCCGAUCAGUAGUAUACUGCAGGAGUGCAGCGAGUCCCAUCUGGGGCAUCACUUGAAAAAGUACCCGUUGCUGCCGCCGGAGGCGAUUGAUGUAUCAAACCAUCAGCUGUCCAUGCAGUCCGGCUUCGACCAGAACUACUGCUACGGUGACGUCCUACUCUCGUUCGUCUGGACAGAAGGAUCGCUCGCAACCGCGUCCGGCAGCACCCCCUCGAUGAAAAGCAGCUCCGAAAACAUCAAAAAGCUCAAACUCAUCACCAUCAGCAAGGGCUCGGCGGACAAGCUCGACGAGGACAAACCCGAUGCCGCCACGUCGUCCGAGACUAAACUCGUGCAACCCCCUACUUCACUACAGCAGCAGCAGCACGACUUUAUCCGGACGCACUUCCACCGGACGACCCAGUGCGAUUACUGCGGCAAGAAGAUCUGGCUGAAGGACGCCGUCCAGUGCCGGGAAUGUGCCAUGUGCUGCCACAAAAAGUGCAUCAACAAGUGUCAAAGUUCCACGGUUUGCAGCGCCGGAGACGCCACGCAGACAAGCUCCGCCACCAGCCAGCCGGAGUUCCGCGUGACCGAGGUCGAUUCGCCCACCAUCGAGGUGGAGGACUUUGUGGACAUCGCCGAAGAGCAGCAGCAGCAGGCAAAGUCCCGCCUGGAAUCCCACAGGCAGAGUUUCAGCGACCUGCUCGCCCAAGGCCUCAAGCGGGUCAACUCGGCCAACAACCUGUCGAUCCCGAUGGUGUCGUCGCUGAACCAGAGCAGCAAAAGCCUUCCCCCGACGCCUCAGCACACCCCGCGCAAGCAAUCGCUGGCGAACGUGGCCAACGCGAACCCGUUUGUGGUGGUCACCCAGCGGUUGGAGGCUCUGCCGGAUGACGUCAAGGAGCUGCAGAUGGACCAGAUCGUCGAGCUGACCGCGCCGCUGAUGGAGUACGGGUCGUCCGAUACGUUGAUGGCGCUGGCGAAGAGUUCGAGCAAGAUUAUCUACGCGGAGUGCGAGGCGGACGUGCGGACCGAGAAGAUCAACAAGCUGCUUAACAAACUUCACGUUGCGUUGGACUGCGAGACGCUGAAUCAAUCCUAUCAAGUCCUAAAUGUUGCGAAAGAAAACGGCACUAAAUUGAUCGAAAAGGACGCCAGCAGUACCAGCACCAGCACCACUUCCCAACAGCAGCAGCAGCAGUCGGACGCCGCCCGAUCCGCCUUCCUGGCCGGCCAGUCGGACGAGCGCGUCCAGGCGCUGAGCGUCAUCAUGCUGCACCUGUGCUCGGGCCUGCAGCACGUCCAGGGUAAUCUGAGUCAAUGAGACUAGCGAAUGCUUCGCCAGCUCUCGCUAGGGUCCCGGCUAGAACCAGUGGCCACCGCCGGAUCCGGCUUCCAGCGCCUGGAAGCCGCCCCGGAGAUGGUGGCCGUAGGGGAGGACGAAGCAGCAUCAGUAGUAGAGGCAGCCGAAGCAUCUUCGCAGCAACAGCUUGGUGGUGGCGGUGGCAGCGGCCGAAGGAGCCCCUUCCGCUCCCGGCGGCUGACCACGUGCCGCAAACGGGCGCUUGGCAUCUUUCAGCGGUCCGCUAGUGUUAGCAGCGCUAGUAAGAGCAUUCCCAAUCGGUGGCUUACUCCCACGUACAGCAAGGACACUUGAACUUGUAGUGCUCUGUACGACCCUUAGUCCCACAAGCAAGCUUAGCGCCCUCGCACAGAAACCUCAACAGCAAGGGUGUGGAUUAUGCACAGACUGAACACUACCGACGCACGCAUUUUCUUG